AUGAUCCGUGGAUUCCGCUCAGUAGCUGCCCGCCGUCUCGUGAGCACGGCCAACGCGCCCACCAAGUUCACCACCUUGGCUUCUGGUGUCACCGUUGCCACCGAAACAAACCCAAACGCCCCAUCCUCCACUGUGGGUGUCUACUUUGCUGGUGGUUCCAGAGCUGAGACUCCUUACAACAACGGUGUGGGUGCUUUGACCACCCGUACCUUGGCUCAGGGUCUUGACCAGGGCGUGCUUUUGCUGGCCACCAACACCAAGGAGGCCAACGCUUUUGUGGCCCAGACCACCAAUGCCAACGUGAAUGCUGCUGCCUCUGCCUUGUCCAAGCUUGUGGUCAACAGAGAGGAGUUGAUCGAGAAGGCCGACUUCACCAGGGCCAAGGCCGCCUUGCGUGCCGACAUUGACGCCUUGGAGGCCAACCCCUCCGAGAUGGUCUUGGAGCACUUGGACGCCUCUGCUUUCCAGGGCUAUUCUCUCGGUUUGCCCACCUUGGGUACCAACGACUCCGUCCCUGACAUCGAGAAGACCGACUCUCUCCGUUUCUUGGACAAGCACUUGGUUGGCUCCAACACCGUGAUCGCCGCUUCUGGUAACUUUGACCACGAUGCUUUGGUGGAGACCUUGGACAAGGAGUUCAAGCUCCAGGACGGCCCCAAGCCCACCAGAGCCCCUGCUUCCUUCUUGGGCUCUGAGGUCAGAAUGAGAGACGACACCAUCCCUAAGGCCUACAUCUCCAUUGCCGCCCAGGGUGAGGGUCUCUCUUCUCCAGCCUACUUUGUCGCCAAGGUCGGUGCUGCUGUGUUCGGCUCUUUCGAUCAAGACAAGGCCACCGCUAAGUUCACAUCGCCCAAGUUGGCCUCCAUCGUCCAGGACUACCACAUUGUCGACAAGUACACCCACUUCUCUCGUUCCUACUCCGACACCGGUUUGUGGGGUUUCAACGCCGAGAUCUCCAACCUUGGCCAGGUUGACGACUUUGUCCACUUUGCCUUGAAACAGUGGAACAGAUUGUCCGUCUCUGUCACCGAUGCCGAGAUUGCCCGUGCCAAGGCCCAGGUCAAGACCGAGCUUUUGGCUACUCUUAACUCCCCUACUUCUGUGGUGCACGACAUUGCGUCUAAGGUGUUGUUGAACGGCUACAGAGCCUCGAUCUCUCAGUCCUUGGAGGCCAUUGACGCCAUCUCGAACUCUGAUGUCCGUGCUUGGGCCAGUGCCGCCUUGUGGGACAAGGACAUUGUCAUCUCCGGUACCGGUUCGAUCGAGGCCUUGUUGGACUACAACAGGGCCAGAAACGACAUGGCCAUGAUGAGAUUCUAA